AGGACGUUGGUGUUGAGGAGAAUACAACGACCAUGUCUUCCAGUGCUUUGACAAAACCUCAGAUGCGCGGCCUCCUGGCCAAGCGUCUGCGAUUUCAUCUUGUGGGAGCCAUCCUUGUAUCCCUGGGGGUUGCAGCUUCCUACAAGUUUGGUGUGGCUGAAAGAAGAAAGAAGGCAUAUGCAGAUUUCUACAGAAAUUAUGAUUCCAAGAAAGAUUUUGAGGAGAUGAGGAAGGCCGGUAUCUUUCAGAGUGCAAAGUGAUCUUGGAAUGUAAAGAAUUUCUCUGGGGGUGAAUUCCAUGGAAGGCUGUCACUGACCUGUGUUCCUCCUGAACUAUGAAGCAUGAAUAUUUGAGCUAAGAAAAAGUUUCUCUUGUUAAAUAAACAAUUAAGAAUUAC